UUGGAUCGAUUUUGAAAAUGCAUUCUUGUUGUCGUUGAAUUGAACCUUUACUGCUAUCCUUUUUUCCUGCAUUGUUCAAUACACAAUUAAGCGUUCCAAUUGGAGCAUUGUGUUCUAGUUUUGGGUGAUCCGGAUUCAGCUUCACGGUGAUAGGGAAGGGCUCCGGUAGAAAAUAUGAUCUGAAAAUGGAUGGAUCAACUGGUCGUGGUGGUACUGGUGGGGACAUGUUUCUAUCAAAUUAUAAAUUGGGGAAAACACUUGGUAUUGGAUCCUUUGGGAAGGUGAAAAUUGCAGAGCAUGUUUUGACAGGUCACAAAGUUGCCAUUAAGAUCCUCAACAAACGUAAGAUAAAGAACAUGGAAAUGGAAGAAAAAGUCAGAAGAGAAAUCAAAAUUUUAAGAUUGUUCAUGCAUCCUCACAUCAUACGACUUUAUGAAGUCAUAGAAACCCCGGUAGACAUAUUUGUUGUGAUGGAGUAUGUAAAAUCUGGAGAGCUCUUUGACUACAUAGUAGAAAAGGGGAGGCUGCAAGAAGAUGAAGCUCGUAAUUUUUUUCAGCAGAUAAUCUCUGGUGUGGAGUACUGUCACAGGAAUAUGGUGGCUCACAGAGACUUGAAGCCUGAGAAUUUGCUGUUGGACUCCAAAUGCAAUGUCAAGAUAGCAGAUUUUGGCCUGAGCAAUGUCAUGGUUGAUGGUCAUUUCCUUAAGACAAGUUGUGGAAGCCCAAACUAUGCUGCUCCUGAGGUAAUCUCUGGAAAACAUUAUGCUGGGCCUGAAGUAGAUGUUUGGAGCUGUGGUGUAAUUUUAUACGCUCUUCUUUGUGGUACUCUUCCUUUUGAUGAUGAAAACAUUCCAAACCUUUUCAAGAAAAUUAAGGGCGGGAUAUACACUCUUCCUAGUCAUCUAUCACCUGGUGCUAGAGAUCUGAUACCGAGGAUGCUCGUGGUUGAUCCUAUGAAAAGGGUGACUAUACCUGAGAUCCGUCAACACCCAUGGUUCCAGGCUCAUCUCCCUCGUUAUUUGGCAGUGCCACCACCUGAUACUUCACAACAAGCCAAAAAGAUUGAUGAGGAAAUUCUUCAGGAAGUGGUUAAUAUGGGAUUUGAUAGGAAUCAGUUGGUUGAAUCUCUUCGCAACAGGAUACAGAAUGAGGGUACUGUAGCAUAUUAUUUGCUACUGGACAAUCGAUUCCGCGUUUCAAGUGGCUAUCUUGGCGCUGAGUUCCAAGAGAGUAUGGAUACUGGUUAUAACUCGUUGCAUCCUAGUGAACUUGCUGCUCCAGCUGUUGGGAACCGCUUCCCAGGAUAUAUGGAUUAUCAAGGAGCUGGAUUGAGGCCACAGUUGCCUGUUGAGAGAAAAUGGGCCCUUGGGCUUCAGUCUCGGGCCCAUCCCCGUGAAAUAAUGACUGAGGUCCUUAAAGCUCUGCAAGAAUUGAAUGUGGGUUGGAAGAAGAUUGGGCACUAUAACAUGAAGUGCCGGUGGGUUGCUGGCAUCCUGGGUCAUCCUGAAGGAAUGGUGAACAAUCAUAAUCAUUACUUUGGAGAUGAUUCUGCUGUUAUUGAGAAUGAUGCCGUUUCUAAGUCAAAUGUAGUCAAGUUUGAAAUGCAGCUUUACAAAACCCGUGAAGAGAAGUAUCUGCUUGAUCUUCAAAGGGUCCAGGGCCCACAGUUGCUCUUCUUGGAUCUUUGUGCUUCCUUCCUUGCGCAGCUACGUGUCCUCUAGAGAGAAGAGCUUAGGCUGUCAAAGGAGACUUGAGAUGUGUUUAAUGGAGCUUGUAGAUAAGCUUGCAUUGUACAUAAGUGCAAUUUCAGUAUUACUCCUUCAAUAUAACCCGACUUUUUUUUUGUUUUGUUACCGGGGUGACCAUUAUUGCUGCAAGCUAACCCUAAAUAUCAGACUUGCUUCCAUAAUUUUGGUGUUCAACUAGGUUUGCUUUUCCCGCAAGGGAACUGAAUUUCUACUAUGUGAAAGUGAAAAACCUGGGAAUGCUAUGGAAGAAUUAGCGCUAGUCUUAAUUGGUAUUAUGGCUUAUGUUGUUGUUGUUGUUGUAAAUACUGUUGAUAACUGGCACUGGAAACAGGGCUUUCUGUCCACGCGGCAUGUAAUAAGCUUGCGGUGUUAGCCUUUUGCCCUUGCAUGAAAGUGUUGAUAGUGCUAUAUAUUCAAUUCACGUUUGCUGGCUAGUUUGAGGCA